AUGCACCCAAAACAGGCGAGUGCCGAGCACAGCUGGGUGCAAGCAACCGCACACUGGUCAUUGAGCUUUCCACAGAACUGGAUGAAGCACAUGCAGCAGCAACAGUCGACCAUCCUCGAGCAACAGUCGGUUGCUGCUUUUAAUAUCUUUUCUGAAGUCUCGUACAAUUUGGGCUCGGCAUGUUCAGGUGGUCGGUUCUCAACCGUGGCCUCGAUGCUGCCGAAGCCCAGGCCCAAACCGCGCAGAAAGUGUACCUCCGGCAUUGUUUUUGACUUGGAAGGUAACUUGCCCUUAUUAGUCUCAACGAGAAUCAUACUGGUGUAUUCGGAAGGCACGCCCAUCAGCAAGCUCAGUUUCAUUGCCUACAAAAAGCUCACUCUGUCAAUUUGGAUAUCCUUUGCAUUUCGCACUUUCACAUUUAUCUCGAAAUUACUCAAAUCUGGUAAGGUACCACCAAUGUCAAUACUGUCAGGAAAUUUUCCGCUAUAUCUUCCAGAUAUAAAUAGUGGGCAUCCGGAUAACAAGUCUGGAAUAAGAGACGGAUAA